GCCACCGCCAGCCUGCGUGAGUUGGCGACCGGCAGGAGCGCUCCCGUGGCAAAGACUUUUUCCCAGCUUCCCUUUGGGAAAGCGCUCUACAGUUAUGAGGGGAAAGAACCCGGCGACCUCAAGUUCAGCAAGGGCGACAUCAUCAUCCUGCGGCGCAGGGUGGAUGAGCACUGGUACCACGGGGAGCUGCAUGGGGCUCACGGCUUCCUGCCCGCCAGCUACAUCCAGUGCAUCCGGCCCUUGCCACAGACCCCGCCCCAGGGCAAAGCACUUUAUGAUUUUGAGAUGAAGGACAGAGACCAGGACAAGGACUGUCUGACCUUCACCAAGGACGAGAUCCUGACCGUCAUCAGAAGAGUGGAUGACAACUGGGCAGAAGGCAUGCUGGGAGACAAGAUUGGGAUCUUCCCCCUGUUGUAUGUGGAGCUCAACGACUCAGCCAAGCAGCUCAUUGAGAUGGACAAGCCAUGCCCAGCUGCCGCAUCUGGCUGCCAUGCCUCCUUGCCCUCUGACCCUGGAGCAGCGGCUAGUGUGGCCCCAGGACCCAUGUUAAGCAGCACAGGGGCAGUCAGUGCCUUUCAGCGGCGUGUGGACAGCAAGAAGAAUGCCAAGAAGCGCCACUCCUUCACUGCGCUCAGCGUGACACACAAGUCCUCCCAGGCCACCAGCCACAGGCACUCCAUGGAAAUUAGUGCUCCAGUCUUGAUCAGCUCUAGUGAUCCGCGGGCUGCGGCCAGAAUUGGGGACCUGGCUCAUCUGUCCUGCAGUGCUCCUGCCCAGGACUCCUCCGCCUCGGCCGGAACUGCCCCCGUGACUGAACAGCAAGGCACAGCUCCCAAAGUCCAGCUGCCCCUCAACGUGUACCUGGCACUCUAUGCUUACAAGCCACAGAAGAACGAUGAGCUGGAGCUGCGAAAGGGCGAAAUGUAUCGUGUCCUAGAGAAAUGUCAGGAUGGCUGGUUCAAGGGGACAUCCCUGAGGACUGGGCUGUCUGGGGUGUUCCCAGGAAACUAUGUGACUCCAGUCUCCAGGGCUCCAGUAGGAGGAGCUGGGCCAUCCCGGAAUAAUGUCGUUGGAGGGUCUCCGCUGGCCAAAGGGAUGGCCACAACCAUCCACCCAGGUGGUGGAAGCCUGAGCAGUCCAACCACUGCCUCUAGGCCAGCCCUUCCCCUCACCACACCCCAGGCCCAGCACCAGGCAGCCGCCCCUGCAGUGGGCAGUUGUCUGCGGCACACAGCCCAGCCAGCCACCAGCCAAGCCCGAGGCACUGUCCCCACAGGUGACAAGCAGGAUUCAGCAUGUCCAGUUAGUCCCAGAGCUGGAGCUUCUUGCACUACACUGCCGUGCGCCCUCCCAUCUCUGUCCCUGGACAGAGCAUCAUCUUGUCACUUGAGCACUUGUCAUCAGAGCACUUCAGCUGGGAAAAUGUGUCAGUGGCCCAAAAUUUUUGUUAGUAUGUGCAUGUCUGCAAAUGACUACAAAAGCACCACAGCUUCCCACUCCUCAGCCCAGGCUCAGGACCGACCAACGGCCACCGUGUCACCCCUGCGCACCCAGAACUCCCCAUCCCGCCUGGCCGCCGCCAGCCUCAGGCCACACUCUGUGGUGUCCCCACAGCAUAUCCACCAGCCCCAAGUGCAGAUGGUCAUCGGGUCCCAGUGCCUCCGGCCAGCCAUCCCGCUUACAUCUGCAGCAUCAGCUGUCACACCUCCCAAUGUCAAUGCUGCCAACCUCAAUGAGGAGGCUGGAGGGGGACCCGUCAGUGGCCUGUCCACAUCCAGCCCCACCAACACAGGAUGCAGAACAGAUGAGAAAAAAAAUGAAAAGAAAGAGAAGAAGAGUGGGUUGCUGAAGCUUCUCGCCGGGGCAUCCACCAAGAAGAAAUCUCGCUCCCCACCGUCCAUCUCUCCAACCCACGAUGCCUUGGUGGCAGUGGACACCUCACUCCAGGGUGCAGUGGGGCCCGAAGUGUCCUCACUGUCCAUCCAUGGCAGGGCAGGGUCCUGCCCCAUAGAGAGUGAGAUGCAGGGCGCAGUGGGGAUGGAACCACUGCACAGAAAGGCGGGCUCCUUGGAUCUGAACUUCUCCUCAUCUCCCUCCAAGCAAGCACCUCUCUCUAUGGCUGCCACCCAUCCCGAGCCCAAGCCUUUGUCCAGGGAGAGGUACCGUGUGGUGGUCUCGUACCCUCCCCAGAGUGAGGCAGAGAUUGAGCUGAAGGAAGGUGACAUUGUCUUUGUGCACAAGAAGCGUGAGGACGGCUGGUACAAGGGGACCCUGCAGAGGAACGGCCGCACCGGUCUCUUCCCAGGAAGCUUUGUAGAGAGCUUCUGAGGACACGCUCUCCACACCCCACUCCCCAGGAACGAAGGCUCCCUGGUAUCCCCAGGGCACAACAAGAGGACGUCAAGGCUGUCCUGGGGGGUCCCAGGUCCCUUUCAGGGCUCCUGGCAGGGCCACCCUGGAUGGGGGUGGGAGCUCACAACACCCAACCAAGAGCACACCCUGGGGUUGUUCUCUGACAAAAUGCUUCCCUCUGUGUAAACUGUAAAGAAAUACCUUUGGAGAGAGAAGCUGCUGAUGCAGGUUGAUUUGCUCUGUGACUUAACUGCUAAGCUGCAGCAUUCUUGUUUGCUGCCUAUGCAAGGUCGGAAGCUGCAGAAGGGCUGUGGGGGGUGGGCAGUGGGCAUUGUGCCCAGGGCAUUUGGAAAAUGUCUUUAUGGGUUGCUCUGGGCUUCUUGUAGGGGGUCCAGAUUGCUCCAUCACCUCUCUAUAUACCUCAGUCACCUAGCACCUGGCCACUCAGCAAGGGUGUUCCUAGCCCAGAGCCUUCGCCAGGUCCCCUGAGUCCCUGGGGAAGCCCAGCACGCAGCUCCUGUUACAGGCGCGAGAUCUCACUUGGCUUUGUUUCCUGCCGGUAUUAUAAGACACAUGUUUCAUUUUGCCGCCACUGUCCCUUUGCAUUGCUUCUUUCUUACAACAUCUUUUUAAAGUAAAGCUGUUAGACUUUCUAUAUUUCUAAUAGGUCAUACAUUGCCUAUUUUUCAUACAUUUGGUGCUGCCUUUUUGCAAAACCAAUAAUGAGUUGGUUGAGCUUGAAAGAAAAAAUGUCUGAGAUGAUAAUCAAGUGGACAGAAUUUUUAUAUUUACCAUGUGAAUUUUGGAAAACUCUGAAAAGCCCACGUACUCAAUAUCAGUGUUGGCUACUGUUCCGUGGAUAAGAGGGAAUUCAUUUAAGUGGUUGGAGGGAGUUUAGAAAAAGCCAAUUUCUUUAAACCCUUACCAAAGCUCCAUGCUGUCUAGACAGUGGUAAUUAUUAUUCAAGAACUAGAAACAUUUCAAGGAAGGGUCACUAUGAUUGCCUUUUUUGUGGCAGUAAAAAGAACAUGGUCAACCCCAGCCUAGGAAGGCAGAAUUUUCCUUUUAUUGCUUUAGAGAAAAUGACUACAAUUAGCAUUAUCAAAAUAUGAUUUAUCACUACCGAAAUAUGUAGUUUUUAACCACAAUUCAGAUUUACCACCCUGUGACAGUUUUUUCUUUUUUUUUUUUUUUAAAUAAAUGUUUCCCUAUCAGGGAGUACAAAUGUUGGUCUAGAGACUGGAAGUACAAUGAGGAGAACAAGGGAUUUGAGACGUUGCUGCAGAUUUGCAGAAUUCAAGGGAGCCAGGAGAAGAAAGAGGAGGAAGGGGCACCUUUGAUCAUGGGACCUUGCCCUGGGUUGGGUCAUUGAGGUCUCUUCAUGAGCCCAGCAGCCCAGAACUCCCACAGAGACAGACUGGAGAAACCUGGUCAUGCAGCAGUCUUGUUCUCAAGAGAUUCACACCUUAAGAAUACAUUCUUAUCAGUUCAGAGUCACAAACCAUAAGCUCCCUCUCUCUUUAUUUUUACAAAGCCACUCAAAUUUAAAUUAGGCUGACUAAAUUAGCCUUUGAUAACAUAGGAUCUCCCUGGUGUUCAAGGAUACAGCAAAAUCCAGAAGCACAUUACCUCACCUGGUGUCAUGCCUUUGAAACACAGAAAACUUAUUUCCAGAGUUCCUAUUUGGGGAUGUGACUUGGCUAUUUGUUACUGUCAGGUGGCUACCAUGCUGGUGGGAUCGCACCUAGACAAAAGCCCUUCUCCUCUCCCCAGAUAAUCAUAGAUUUAAUAGACUUGAGAAAUUUGUUCUGAAUCAAAGAAAGACAAAAUGCAGCUUAAACCCAGAGAGCCCUACAUGAGUUAAUGAAAACCAGAAGGUGUCCAUUUGCCAUUGGUGCCAAAUCAGUUGUCUGCCAUGCACAAAAGUCAUGUGUGUGUUUAAAAUCAUGCCAUUACCAAAAAUGUGCAUGAUUUAACACACUAGGGGAGACACAAGUUCCCCUGUAAGACCAGAACUAACUCACAUCCCUGAAUAAUAAGGAAACCUUUUUAUUUAUUUUUUUUAACAAAGGCAGUUACCAAGCAACAGAAUAGACUAACUUGGACCUUCUUUCCUCUCCCAGCCACUACCCACACAAUGCUAGCGGUAGGUAGGAAUUGAUAAACAGCCUAGAGACUGUAGGUGAGGCAGCAGCCCACAGGGCCCAAAAUCCCUCACAGCAGAGAGCUGGACGAGUGCCCAGUGCCUUUUCAAGGCAUCAGCUGGCCCUUCUUGUGGAAGAGUUAGGGCAGGUAUGACCUUGGGAAGGAGGGGAUGCCAUAGGCCUGCCAUCACCAAGACAUCCUUUCAGGUGGGGCUCCCAGAGAGUAGGGAAGCACAACCAGCCCCCAUGCUUUAGGCUGUUUUCAUACAUAUUCAGCCAAAUCCAUGAGCCUUCAUGACCAGUUGGCCCACAGACAAGGGCAAGAGCAGAAUUUGACCCUUUGGGCUACCUUUCCCUAAAGGACAAACUCAUUUUGGUUACUAAGAUGACACCAACACCUUACUUGAACCCUCACUGUCUACCCUGGCCCAGCAACUUAUACAUCUUAGUUAUCAGUGGCAUUUGGCAGCCAAGGUGACUUGCUAUGAGGAAUGCAGUAACGUCCAUAGGCACCGUUGAGGAAGGUCAGUGGACACUGAAAUGAUGAGGGCAUCUGGUCCACAGAAGAAGAGUGGGGAGACAGUGGGCAGGCACUUCCCUGGCAACCUCACAGUAUGAAUGCCAGACUCUGGCACCCCAAAUAAGCUCAGCUGCCUGGCUGAGAAGUUCUUUGUACUUUGCACAGUUCACACACACACUCACACACACCAAUGAUUUUGUUACACACAAAUGUCAGUGUGUGAUUUUGGAAGAAUUGACAGUGAUGACAAACUAUGAUGCCUGUGUUUCUGAGUCUUUAAAUAAAAAUGAACAUGGA